UUUUCUGGUUUGGCGCACGACGAACGUUGUUUUUUGGGUUUUAUUUCCAAACCCAACAACGAAAACUUGCUACUUCAGCUAGACUUCAGGUUCAUCCGUUCUAUACACCCCGCACUUUCUUCCUCGCACUUUGAACAUCCUCGCUAGCCAACAUGUUCAAAUCUUUGUUCGAGGCCGCUCAGAACUCAACGUUCAAGUCGCCGUUCACCAGUGCUAACUGCCAGGCUGCCACGCCCUCACCUUCAGCCUACUCCUCGGCCAGCGAUGGAGCCGCCCGUCAGCUGAGCCCCAAUCACAAUUUCGCCGCCGCAGCUGCCGUGCAGGGAGAUUCCUGUGAGUUUGGCUCCAAUCAUUACUUCUUGCUGUGUGGUCUGGGUGGUAUUAUCUCGUGCGGUACUACGCACACCAUGGUGGUGCCUCUGGAUUUGGUCAAGUGCCGUCUCCAGGUGGAUCCGGCCAAGUAUAAGAGUGUUGUCAACGGCUUCCGUGUCAGCUUGGCGGAGGAGGGCGUGAGGGGUUUGGCUAAGGGCUGGGCGCCCACUUUCAUUGGCUACUCCAUGCAGGGUCUGUGCAAAUUCGGUCUAUAUGAGGUCUUCAAAGUUAUAUACUCCAAUGCCAUUGGCGAGGAGAACGCCUUCCUGUAUAGAACUGGCCUCUAUCUGGCCGCUUCUGCCUCGGCUGAGUUCUUUGCGGAUAUCGCGCUGGCGCCCAUGGAAGCCGCUAAGGUCAAAAUUCAGACUACACCCGGAUUUGCUAAGACGCUGCGCGAGGCGCUGCCUAAGAUGACCGCACAGGAGGGCAUUUCGGCCUUCUACAAGGGUCUGGUGCCACUCUGGAUGCGACAGAUUCCAUACACCAUGAUGAAGUUCGCCUGCUUUGAGCGCACGCUGGAGCUGCUCUACAAGUACGUGGUGCCCAAGCCACGCGCGGAUUGCACUAAGGGCGAGCAGCUGAUUGUCACCUUUGCCGCUGGUUACAUUGCUGGCGUCUUCUGUGCCAUUGUCUCCCAUCCCGCUGACACAGUCGUGUCCAAGCUGAACCAGGCCAAGGGCGCCAGCGCUCUUGAUAUUGCCAAGCAACUUGGCUGGGUUGGACUGUGGGGCGGUCUGAUGCCUAGGAUUGUCAUGAUUGGCACACUCACUGCCGCUCAGUGGUUCAUUUAUGAUGCAGUCAAGGUCUUCCUGCGCAUGCCACGCCCACCACCACCAGAGAUGCCCGAGUCGCUGAAGAAGAAGCUGGGCGUGACUGGGCAGCAGUAAGGGGCAUAUAUAGAAGUUAACCGGUUUAAAUAUACAUAAAUAGAGUGCAAACAGAUAUUGAACGAAUAAAUGCAAAAUGUGUAGAAAACAAGAUAAAUAAAAACAUACCAAACA